ACUGGCACUCACGUGACCCUUUGCCCACCAAACCUGAAAACAUGGCGAGUGUACUUGAAUAAAUCCUUGCCCGCUGGGUCAUUCGAAAUUAAUUCCGACACACAGCAAGACGCUUCCCCAGAGAAGAAAAUUCUGCUUUAAAAAAACUUCGAUUUUUUUUUAAAAAACUAAAUUGAAAAGUUCUUUUUUUUACUCACGAUGGUCUCAAACGUCGAAGCGUCCUAUGGAGAUCAACUAUAUCUCAAUUAUAAAAAGGAUAUGGAAGGAAUACAGAAUGGCGCCAGCGUUUCUGAAACAUUACCAAAUGUACGUGUCGCCAUUUUUGGACUUGGUCGCAUUGGAACAAUUCAUUUAGAUAAUUUGAGGAGGAAUCAUAGAGCUGAGGUUGUUUAUUGCGUUGAUGACUCUAAAGAAAGAAUAAAUUUUAUUCGAAACAAGUGGAAAUUGACGGAGACUACAUUUUUAACUCCUUCUGAACAAGAUGUUAUAUUCAAAGAUAAAAGCAUUACUGCUGUUUUGAUUUGCACGCCAACUUUCACACAUGAAGACUUAGUAAUGAAAUCACUUACUGCAGGAAAAGUCGUCUUUUGCGAAAAGCCUCUUUCUGUAAACGAAGAAGGCAUUCAAAGAUGUUUAGAAACGGCAAAGAAACAGAAUGUACCACUACUAUGUGCAUUUAACAGACGCUUUGACCCUGGUGUAAGGAAUCUGAAAACUAGAGUUGAUGCAGGUGAGAUCGGAAAAAUACACAUCGUUAAAACUUGCAGCAGGGACUCACCUAAACCUCCCUUAGAAUAUUUAAAAAUAUCAGGAGGUAUAUUCCAUGACUGUGCUGUACACGAUAUCGAUUUAAUCUGCUGGAUUUUGGGAGAGUAUCCUGAGAGUGUUUCAGCUUACGCCCACGCCAAUUACGAAGAUAUAAAAGGAAUAGAUGACCACGAUACCGUAGUAAUUACGAUGAAAUUUCCCAGUGGAGCUCUUGCCAACAUAGAUCUUAGUAGAUGUGCUGUCUACGGUUAUGAUCAAAGAGUAGAGGUGUUUGGUUCAAAUGGUAUGUUGUGUAACGGAGAACAAAGACCUACUGGUGUUAGGAGUCAUACAGGAAAAGGUACAACUGCAGUACCUAUUUUCUUUUCAUUUGCAUCACGUUAUCAAGAAGCAUAUGCGCAAGAAAUGGAACACUUUCUAAAUGUUGCACAAGGUACUGAACCUUGUGAAAUUGAGCUGGAUUCAAUAAUUGCUAAUAGUAAAAUAGCCUCAGCAUGCGAAGAAGCAGCACGAACUGGAAAUAUUGUUCCCUUCAAUUGGAAAAAUCAGCGAAAUGGAGUUUGACUUUUUUUAAAUCAUAUUUUCGAAGAUUGCCCGUUAUUUUCUUCGUAAUCUUUUCCUCCAUUCAAUUCUUAAUUUAGCUUCAUCGUAAUUCAUGUUUGUUAAUUGUUAUUUAUUUCUGAUAAUAUAUUUAUUACAUAAUA